UUUGAGCACAACGGUCAGCUUCAGUUUGUAAAUCAUUCUUGCCCUUUUCUAUUAUAUUUAAACCUCCAUGACUCAUAACGUCUCUUAUAAUUUUACCUGCUCUCACAGUAGCACAUAUAGAGGAUGCCACUAUGCGUGACACUAAGGAAGCUGUCUGAGCCAUAUCUCAAAUUUUCUUGUGAAUAGUAAUAGAUAUUAACUCUAUAUUCUUGAGAUUAGAGGAACUGUGUCUUUUAUGAACAACACUUUCAAUAUGUUGGGCAUACAAUCAUUCUGCUUCAAACUAGGAAAACAUUGUAAUAAAAAGAAUUACUUUUCUCAAGGCUACAUUGAGUAAUACAAAGAAAAAGGUUACAGAAUUUUGCAAUAGACUUUCACAAAAUUUUAUUUAGUAUCUCAAUUAUUCAUUGUUAUAAGAAAUAAAAAUCUUAAACUUUGAUCACAAAUAUUAUAAGUAAUUUUAAUUGAUACAAAAACUGUUAGAAAGAAUAAUUUAAAUGUCGUUUAAAUUUCGUUUUCGUUCUUGGUUGCAUACACAGCUAUUUAAAAAAAUAUAAAAUUCAUACCUUUAAUAAUUGUAUACGUAAAAGAUUGCUAGAUAAACCUCCGAUCGAUACAUGUUUUUACAUUUUUUUGGUUUCAUAUGAAACCAUUAAAAAUUUACAGUUAAAUAAUUUUUUAAAACGUAUUUUUGUGACAGUAAAAUACUAUUGUUAUGAAAUGGCAUUAACACAUUUCCUUAAUGUACAUAAUUAUUCAUAAAAAUAGAAUUUUGUUGUCAGAUACUAGAAAAUGACGUAAGAAAAACAUAGAAGAGAAGAUACUUACAAAGUACUAAUGCUAUCUUAAUCAACAUAUCAAAAUGUAAUGUUAUAAUAUUUUUGUUAUAAUAAAGUUCAAUAUAUCUACAUAAUCCGUACAAUGUAUAAAACACUUUUACGUAUAAGGAAAUUUUAAAAAAAUACAGAAUCUAUGUUUUGUAUAUUUGUUAUGUAUCGCAAUAUUUUUUAUCACAGCUGGUACAAUUUUGCGUACAAGAUGCUGAUAAUACGCAGCCGUAACUAAAUUAUAAAAAUGAAAACUUAAUAACAAUUCUUAAGUAAUACCGUGAAAUAUAAAAUAUUUAUUAAAAAUAAAUCAACUCCGGAAUGUUAAAUUAUUUUCAAAACAUGUUCAAUAACCUAACCGUAAAUUAACUUUUCAAUAUGUAAAUUCUAUAUUUCUGACAAAAACAAACGAUAAGUAAGAAAGAAUUAGUAUGAUGCGGCAAAAGUUGUUAUUAUCAACAUAUAAUUUCAAAUUGUUAUUUCAAAAAUCUUGUAAUAGUAACACUGAUCAUUUAAUAAAGAAAUCUGCUUUAGAAAUAAGUUCAAUACGAUUACUAUAUUGUGUUCAAACAAAGCUACUUUCUGACAAAAAUUUUAUUCUGGACUACGUAAGAAAUAUUAAUUUAGAACAUGAACAAAAUAUUCCAUCACAAUAUUUACUUUGUAAUACAAGUGUGUGUGAUUUAUACCUCAUAAAUAAAACAGUAGCUAAACAAUUUGUUUCGCUAAUUCAAGACGACCUGUUAAAAAAUGCAUCGCAUGUAAUGGAAGUGAAUUCAGGUUUAGGUUUCAUAACAGAAACAUUGCUUGAUAUUGGUGUUCCAUUUAUACACAUGUAUGAAAAGGAUAUGAUAUUUUUUAAAUCAUUAAAAAAGUUGUGUACUAAAUUUCCUGAAAAAGUAAGUUUAACAAAAGCUGAUCUUUUCAAUUUAUCAAAAUUAAUGUAUACAGAGCACAAUAAUGCUCAUGCAUAUGAUUUAUUAAAAUUUGUACAACAAAAACAAUGGAAUGAAGAAAGUUGUAUGCAAAUAAUUGGUACAUUAAACAGAUCAAUGUUUCUGAGACAUUUAAUAUUAAGUGCAGUCUUUAGAACAUGUUUUAUGAUGUAUGGACGAUCAACAUUUUACCUUGCCAUACCACCAUCGAUAUGGAAUAAAUUUACAACAACUAAUAAUGCACUGGGUUAUACCCAGAUUAUGUUUGAAACAAUAUUUGAUUACCAUGUUCUUGGAGAAUUAGAUAGAAAAGCAUUUAUACCAUGGAACAAAUAUAUUAGGAAACAAGUACAAAUGAAAACUUCAACAUUAUAUAAAGGGAAAGAGAAACAUGUUAAAAAUUUAUCUAUUCUUUAUGUUGUCAAAAUUGAACCAAAACGUGAAAUACCUGUAAUCUGUUUUGGUAAAGAAGAUUUAAUAUAUUUUUGGUAUUUUAUUCGACAUUAUUUUUACAAACCAUCAGUGCGAGUGAUACCUUCAUUAGAAAAAUUGGUACCAGGUUGUGGUAUACGAUUGAUAGAGAAGGAUUUGAACGUGUUCACUCAGUUCAAGGAUUUGAGUAUUAAGGAAGUACACAAUCUCUUUUUACAAUUUCGAACCUGGCCAGAAUUUGAAGGAAGCAUUUUUACAUUGAAUGCAGCUGAUGUUAAAAAAUCAUACAUUAAUUAUGUACAGGCAGAACCAGAGGAUCAUGAUGUUCACAACAACAGUGAAUGGAGAGAACCUGAGAGUGAAACAUACGAAUUAUGAAUUAUGUUUUAUUCAUAAUAUAUCAGUCAUGUUUGUAGUUAUUGUAAACAAAAUAAAAAAUUCUAAUUAUAUAGUAAAAUUGAUUGAAGUAUAAUAUA